GUUGGCAACACGAAAAUCUGGCCACAGAUGAAUGAACAGCGAAAUUGAAGUUUGCGUUAAAAGGGAGGAUGGUGUCAGGACUUGUUUAUGUUUUUGUUCCAUUUCUACUUGCAGUUGGAUUACUACGUAAAUAUCGUGAAUAUCAAUGGGGACAAUGCAAGAGCAAAUCGUUUUUGAAUGGUAAAGUUUUUAUUGUCACAGGUGCUAAUUCAGGAAUUGGAAAAGAAACUGUACGUGAAUUAGCUCGUAGGAAGGCGCGUGUUGUAAUGGCUUGCCGUGAUUUGAAAAGAGCAGAAAAUGCAAUUAAAGAAAUUCGGCGUGACGUUUCUUCUGGAGAAUUAAUUCCUAUGCUACUUGAUCUGGAGUCACUUGAGUCUGUUAAAAAAUUUGCUAAAGAAGUUCUCAAGGAUUUUCCUAAAAUUCAUGUAUUAAUCAAUAAUGCAGGACUGUCUGUACCUGUCUCUCAGUGCAGGAAAACGAAAGAUGGAUAUGAAAUCCAUUUUGGUGUUAAUCAUCUGGGUCAUUUUCUGUUGACAAAUCUUUUGCUUCCACGAUUGAAAGAAUCAGCACCAAGCAGAAUAGUUACUGUAUCCUCUAUGUUACAUGAAAAAGGAGUGAUAAAUUUUGACAACUUGAAUGGUGAAAAAGGAUUUGGAGAAGCAACACGACGUAUGAACCCAGCUUAUUGUAACUCAAAACUAGCCAAUAUGCUAUUUAAUGUGGAGCUAUCAAAGAGGAUUAAAGGCAGUGGUGUGGAUUGUCAUGCUUUGUGUCCUGGAUUUGUGUACACAAACCUUUUUAGGUACCAUUACUCAAGUGUGAAGUGGUACCAAUACAUCUUAUUCUCACCCAUUGCAUUGUUCUUCAUGCGGACACCAUCCCAGGGAGCACAAACAACACUUCAUUGUGCCACAUCAGAAGAACUAGAAGGAAAAUCAGGGUUUUUCUUUCGGAACUGUGAUUUUUUUGAGCCCAAAAUGGAAUUUGACUCUUUAGUUGCCACUAGAUUGUGGGAAGUUAGUGAAAAUAUGGUUGAUUUGAAUGAUGACAAAAAUGAAAUGGGAUAAUGUGAUAUGGUUUGAAUCCAUCUGAUUCAGUAGCAGACAUACUCUUCAGGCUGUUAGUAAACAUUUCAUAUAACACUCUUCUUACCCUCAUGAAAAUAGUGCUGUAGGCUCUGAAACCCACAAAUUGUUUGGAAUGAAAGUAUAUGUGUGAAUAUAUCACAAGGCAUAAUUUUGUUUAGGAACUUUAUUCAUUUGACGGGUGUUUGCAGUGGUUUAUUGAUUCAUGUAACAUUUAAUAACAUAAUAUUUAUUAUGGUUUCAUUCUGAAUGUCAGAUUGGUUAGAAACAAUGUAUUUGGAAUGGAUAAGCAAGGAAGGAGUUAUACUGUUCCAAGGUACUUUGUAAAUAAAUUUUGUAAACUGGCAUUUGUUGAGCGUGACAGAUCAAAUAGAGGUGUUUUUUUAUAGCCUUAUGUCAGGAUAAAGGUUUAAAUUAAUCUACAAUUAAUGUAGCAGUAACUGAUAGGUCUUUUAUUGCUCUGAAAUAUAGAGCGUGCUUCCAUUCACAUCAUCUCAUGUGAAAAAUAUUUCUUAGGGUUUCUGUAUUUUUAUUUUUAUUUGGUAACCACAAAAUAUUUUAAAUCUUAAUAUUUUAAAGAGUUAUUUGCAACAAAUAAAUUGCUGAGGUUUUUCUGCUGUGGGUUUUGUUUAAAGUAUUUUGGAAAGGUACACUGCAAGUUAACAUACUGUCUGUAGUAUGAUGUUUAACAUGUUAUAGUAUGGUAAUUAAUUUCAUUCUGAAUUUGUAGUUUAUUGUAGAACAACUGUUGUGAGAGAUCACAACUUUGUUUAAUGAUAUAUGUAUUUUGGAAAUUAUCCUUGUUUACAUUUUUGCAUCUUUCAGACUGUGCAACUGCACAAAUCAAAUAUAAUAUUUAAUGCAAAUAGUGUUGGAGACACUGUACCAAUAAAAUGUGAAAGUUUAUGGUAGGAUGUUUGAGAGAUUAAAGAAAAUAUGUGACCAAG